CAUUAUAUUUCUCCUCCAAUUAGAUCAGAUCAAGAAGCUGCGGUGUUGGCAUCGUCUGGAAAUUAUCAGUGGACUCGUGAUCAAUUAACCGAGGUUCGGUUGAAUCUUUCUGCUGAAUUUGUUGCGGAUUAUUGGUUGAAAGUUUUACAGCUUCAAGAUGUAUUAAAUAAUACAGUUAUUUAUAAAAAUGAUCAAGACACAAAUGUUAAUGUUAGGUUUUCAGUUUAUACACGACCUACUGCAAAACCAUGGAAUGUUAAACUUGGGUAUUGGCCUGAGGACAUUGCUGAAAGUGACGAUGCAAUCAUCAAACCAAUCGAAGAAUUUGAUAUAAUUAUAAAUAACCCGGACACCGAAAAUGUGAUUAAAGUACAAAAACCCGGAAUGUACAGGCUUCUUUCAGUAACAGAUUCCAAAUGUUCUGGCCAAAUUUUAGCACCUUCCUUUAAGAAUGUGAUUCUCGCUCAUCCACCAACCGUCAAAUUAGAUGCCAUUCCUAUACCCGCGGAUGAUUGUCCUGGAGAAGUGGGUGUUGAAGUAAUCCUUUCGUUAACUGGAAUUCCGCCAUGGCAUAUCGAAUAUUCAAUCAUCUCUCAGAAUAAAGAAAAAAAGGACUAUGUAAAAAUUGAAAAGUCAAGACAUUCAAUGAUUAUUAAACCAACUACUUCGGGACAAUACGAAUAUAGAUUUUUCCGCUUGACGGAUUCCAUUUAUCGUGAAGGGGUUAAAAUAGAUCAUAAAUUCUCUCAAACUGUACACCCGAAACCUAAUGCCGCUUUUAAAGAUUCAAAAAAUCGAUUGUUGAAUGGUUGUGUUGGAAGUCGCAUCGAUUUGGAAGUAGAACUCACAGGAACUGGUCCAUUCACGUUAAUAUACGAAGUAGUAUUUAAUAGAAGGAUUAACGCGUUCACAAUUGCUGAUAUCAGAGGCUCAACUUAUGUUGUCACAUCUCCACCUUUUGAUAAUCCAGGCUUAUACACUGUGACUCUGGUGAAAAUUACUGAUUCAAAAGGGUGCAGCCAGAUUUUAAAUUCCUCUGAUUAUGUCACCAUUAACGUUAAAAAAGAUAAACCAACAGCUGGAUUUAGACAUUCACAUGAAAUUAUCAUGUUUCUUGAAGGAAGCAAUGUUAAUUUACCUUUACAAUUAACUGGGCAUGCACCUUGGAACAUUUCUUAUCGUUAUCACGGUGAUUUUGAAAAGGUUGAAAGAAAAUCCGAAAUCGCAGAUCCAAAUUCAUUCUUAACCGUGUCAGAACAAGGAGUUUACGAAUUAUUAGAAGUUAAAGAUUCCUUUUGCUAUGGCAGAAUAAUACCCGAAAUGAAAGAAGCUGAGGCGAGAUGGCUACCACGACCAUCAUUGAGAAUAGCAGAAGGUGAUGCAGAACCAUUGCCUCAAAAAGGACAUUAUCGUCGUAGAAAUGUUUGUGAGGGGUCUGAAGAUUCGGUUGGUUUAGUGAUGGAAGGUCGAGCACCAUGGGAAAUAUAUUAUAGCAUAAUCACAAGUGAAGAAGAACUAACGCGACAUCAAACCGUUGGAUAUACAACCACUAAAAUACGGCUUAUGACAAAUAAAGCCGGAAAGCAUCUAUAUAACUUCACUAGUAUUGCUGAUGAUGUUUACAUUAAACCAAGUCCAAUAUUAUUAACUCUUGAACAAACCGUUACUGCUAAACCAAUUGCUCGAUUUCUCUCAACGGAUACAAUAUUUCAUUGUGUUGAUGUUCCAUUCACAGAUAAAGAUAUAAAGAUCCAGUUAGAUGGUACACCACCUUUUAGUUUAACGUUCGAAGUUACUCAGGAAAGUAGUAACAAAAUGGAAACCCUAAAGAUUGAAGAAAUUUACGAAUCCAUAUAUAAUUUUCCAGACGAUGCCAACACCGCAGCUUCUUGA